AUGGCUGGACCUCUCCUUCAAAUUCUGUUAAAGAGUCUGACUUCUUUCAUCCAAGGGGAAGUUGGAUUGAUUCUUGGUUUUAAGGACGAAUUCGAAACGCUUCAAAGAACGUUUACGACGAUCCAAGCUGUGCUUGAAGAUGCACAGGAGAAGCAACUGAAGGACAAACCAAUUGAAAACUGGCUGCAGAAUCUCAAUGUUGCUGCAUAUGAAGCUGAUGACAUCUUGGAUGAAUGUAAAACUGAGGCAGCAAGACUCAAACAGACUAACUAUUGGAGUUAUCAUCUAAAGGCUACCGCUUUCCGUUACAAGAUUGGGAAAAAGAUGAAAAACAUUAUGAAGAAACUAGAUGCAAUUGCUGCGGAUCGAAUCAAGUUUCAUUUGGAAAUAAGGCCUAUAGAGAGACAAGCUGCUAGACCUCAAACAGGUUCUGUAUUAACUGAAAAACAAGUUUAUGGGAGGGGCAAAGAGGAAGAUGAGAUAGUGAAAAUCUUGAUAAACAAUGCCCAACAACUUUCAGUCCUCCCAAUACUUGGUUUGGGGGGACUAGGAAAGACUACUCUUGCCCAAAUGGUCUUCCAUGAUCCGAGAGUAACUGACCAUUUCCAUCCCAAAAUAUGGAUUUGUGUCUCAGAAGAUUUUGAUGAGAAGAGAUUGAUAAAGGCAAUCGUAGAAUCUAUUGAAGGAACGUCACUCAGUGACAUGGACUUGGAUCCACUUCAAAAGAAGCUUCAGAAGUUGCUGAACGGAAAAAGAUACUUGCUUGUCUUAGAUGAUGUUUGGAAUGAAGAUCAACAGAAGUGGGAUAAUUUAAGAGCAGUCUUGAAGGUUGGAGCAACUGGUGCUUCUAUUCUAACCACUACUCGUCUUGAAAAGGUUGGAUCAAUUAUGGGAACAUUGCAACCAUAUGAAUUGUCAUAUCUGUCUCAAGAAGAUUGUUGGUUGUUGUUCAUACAACGUGCAUUUGGACACCAAGAAGAAAUAAAUCCUAACCUUGAGGCUAUCGGAAAGGAGAUUGUAAAAAAAUGUGGUGGUGUACCUCUAGCAGCCAAGACUCUCGGAGGUAUUUUGCGCUUCAAGAGAGAAGAAAGAGAUUGGAAACAUGUGAGAGAUAGCGAGAUUUGGAAUUUGCCUCAAGAUGAAAGUUCUAUUAUGCCUGCCCUGAGACUGAGUUAUCAUCAUCUUCCACUUGAUUUGAGACAAUGCUUUGCAUAUUGUGCGGUGUUCCCAAAGGACACCAAAAUGGAAAAGGAAAAUCUAAUCUCUCUUUGGAUGGCACACGGUUUUCUUUCAUCGAAAGGAAACUUGGAGCUAGAGGAUGUGGGUAAUGAAGUAUGGAAUGAAUUAUAUUUGAGGUCUUUUUUCCAAGAGAUUGAAGUUAAAGAUGGUAAAACUUAUUUCAAGAUGCAUGAUCUCAUCCAUGAUUUGGCUACAUCUCUGUUUUCAGCAAGAGCAUCAAGCAGCAAUAUCCGUGAAAUAAAUAUAAAAAAAUACUCACAUAUAAAGUCCAUUGGUUUUGCUAAAGUGGAGUAUUCCUACUCUCAUUUGCUCGUGGAGAACUUUGUCUCGUUGAGGGUGCUUAAGCUGAAUAACUCAAAUCUCAAGCUGCAGUUACCAUCUUCCAUUGGAGAUCUAGUACAUUUAAGAUACCUGGACUUGUCUGGCAAUUCUAGCAUUCGUAGUCUUCCAAAGCAGUUAUGCAAGCUUCAAAAUCUGCAGACUCUUGAUCUACAGUAUUGCAUCUCACUUUGUUGUUUGCCAAAAGAAACAAGUAAACUUAAAGGUUUUCAACUUGGGGAACUAGGAAACCUGGAUCUGUAUGGCUCAAUUGAAAUCAGACAUCUUGAGAGAGUGAAGAAUGGUAAGGAUGCAAAAGAAGCCAAUUUAUCUGCAAAAGAGAAUCUGCAAUCUUUAAUCAUAAAUUGGGAUUGGCUUGAACCACGUAGAUAUGAAUCAGAUGAAGUUGAAGUGCUUGAAGCCCUCAAACCACACUCCAAUCUGACUUCUUUAAAAAUCAAUGGCUUCAAAGGAAUCCGUCUCCCAUAUUGGAUGAAUCACUCAGUUUUGAAAAAUGUUGUCUCUAUUGAAAUCAGCAGUUGCAAAAACUGCUCAUGCUUACCACCCUUUGGUGAGCUGCCUUGUCUAGAAAGUCUAAAGUUACAAUAUGGGUGUGUGGAGUAUGUUGAUGUUGUUGUUGUUGAUUCUGGGAGGUUUCCAUCCUUGAGGAAACUUGUUAUAGUGAACUUUAGUAAUCUAAAAGGAUUGCUAAAAAAGGAAGGAGAAGAGCAAUUCCUUGUGCUUGAAGAGAUGACAAUUCGCUAUUGCCCUAUGUUUGUUAUUCCGACCCUCCCUUCAUUGAAAGUUUAUGUGACAGAUGCCUCAAGUUUGAGGUCCACAUCUAAUCUUAGUGCUCUUACUUACCUCGACAUGAGCGGUAACUAUGAAGCUACUUCACUCCCAGAAGAGAUGUUCAAAAGCCUUGCAAAUCUCAAAUACUUGAAAAUCUCUGCGUUCUACAAUCUUAAAGAGCUGCCUAGCAGCCUGGCUAGUCUCAAUGCUUUGAAGCGUCUGGAUAUUUAUUAUUGUGACACACUAGAGAGUCUCCCCGAGGAAGGGGUGAAAGGUUUAACUUCACUCACACAGUUAUCUCUCCAUUACUGCAAGAUGCUAAAAUGUUUACCGGAGGGAUUGCAACACCUAGCAGCCCUCACAACUUUAACAAUUACUGAAUGUCCAAUAGUGUUCAAGCGGUGUGAGAAGGGAAUAGGAGAAGACUGGCACAAAAUUGCUCACAUUCCGUAUCUGCAUAUUCGUAACUAUUAGUAUUUAUAAUUCUUUCUUUGUUUGUGAAUCUUUUUGGUUCCUCCCAUUGGAUGUAAUUGUUUGUAGGGUUGUUUGUUUGUGAGUCUCUCUCUCAUUGGAUGUAAUUUUCUUUUUGAAAUAAAUCAAUAAUCUAUUUGUAUUAUCCACUUUGAGAAUGUA